CCUGUGUCAACAGUUUGUCUAUAACUCUGAAAAUCAACAAUAAAUUACAAAUAAGAUGUUCUAUUUUUACUAGCUAGUAGCUACCUAGAUUUUAAGAUAUUGAGAAAAGUAUAUACAAAAUAGUUAUAUUUUAUUUAAACUAUAAGACUCUUGUGAGUGACAUUAAUUUAGCAUUUAAGGUAAUAAUAUUAAUGGAUUUGCGGUUUGGUUAUCUCUGCUAGUUGAUGAAUUCAUUUGUGAUGAAUAGGACAAAGUGUAAUAGCAGUAAAAUGGCGAAAACACCUGAGUGUAACAAUGAAACUGAAAUAAGUGCUGACGUGUAUCGUCUUAUCACAAACGAAGAUAAACCGCCAGAUAUUAAAUAUGGGAAAGAAAAUUCGUGGGUUGCCGGUGUGCAAAUGUUUGUUUCGUUUUUGCUUGCUGGAUUUGGAAUGGUGGCCGCGAGUUUAUUACUGGAUGUUGUGCAACAUUGGCAAGUUUUUGAGCAAGUUUCAGAAGUGUAUAUACUAGUGCCAGCACUGCUGGGUUUGAAGGGCAAUUUGGAAAUGACUUUAGCAUCAAGGCUUUCUACUCAUGCUCAUUUAGGUCAUCUGGAAACCAGCUUAAAUUCAUUAGUUGUAGGUAAUCUAUGUCUUAUACAAUGUCAGGCUAUUCUAGUAGGAUUCCUGGCAGCAAUGGCAGCUGUAGCUAUGGGCUGGAUACCCAAAGGACAAUUUGAUAUUCAUCAUGCAAUGUUGCUAUGUGCAUCCAGCGUACUUACAGCCUCCUUUGCUAGUUUUGUCCUUGGCUUAAUCAUGAUUGGUGUUAUAGUUGUUUCAAAAAAGCUAAAUAUAAAUCCUGAUAAUAUAGCUACACCUAUUGCAGCUAGUCUUGGAGACUUGACAACAUUGGCACUAUUGUCUUGGAUAGCAUCCCUAUUGUACAAGUCUAUUGGCACAAGUGUAAUACUACCAUCUAUAAUUAUCAUAGCCGGAGCUAUACUUGUGCCAUUGUGUGGCUAUAUUGCAUGGAAGAAUAACUUUACUAAACAAGCUUUAGAUGAAGGUUGGGUGCCUGUUGUUUCUGCAAUGGUCAUAAGUAGUGCAGGGGGGCUCAUAUUAGACUACACAGUAUCUAAUUAUAAGGGUAUUGCUGUAUUUCAAUUAGUUAUAAAUGGUAUAGGAGGUAAUAUGGCAGCUGUACAUGCUUCAAGAUUAUCAACAUUAUUACACACUGGGCAGAAAGAAGGUGCAGUGAUAGGUAAUACUACGAAAUUGUUGUUGUUAAUGGUUAUACCUGGACAAUUAAUAUUUAUUUAUACAAUAGGUUAUCUGAAAGCUGGGCAUACUUCUUUAACACCCAUAUUUAUUUUAAUUUACAUGUCUGCUGCAUUAUUACAAGUAUUUCUUCUUUUAACUAUAAGUCACUAUAUUGUUAUAUGGAUGUGGAAACUAGGUUUGGAUCCUGAUAAUUCUGCUAUUCCAUACUUAACUGCAUUAGGUGACUUACUAGGGACUGCCUUGUUAGGUAUAGCUUUCCACAUUCUUUAUGCCAUUGGAGACAAAGACAGUGAUUUGGGUGACUGACAAAUAUUGAUUUUUCAUAUUAUAAACUAUAUUUAAAGUUAAAAAAUCUUUCUAAAUUUAACUGUACUUAAAAGUGACAAGUAUGUUUUAUCUUAUUUUUAAUAUUUUCUUCUGUAGUUGUAAACUGUACAAUAUAAGAUAGCAAUAAUUCAUAUUGGUGCUACUAAAAUAUUUUCAUAUCGCAAGAAUAUAUUUUUGAAUAAAAGGUAUCUGUUUUUUACCUAAUAAUUCAAUAUAUAUAAUCUUAGUAAAUUUAAUUAUAUAUUUAGGCAUGAAACUUAAUAUGCAAUCUGUUAGAAUUAUUUAUUGUAUAGAUAUAAAACAUGUGGUACUUGUAAUCAGAGACAAACAUGGUUAUGAAAACUGAGCUUUUUUAUCUUUGUUUUAAAUAUUUAAAAAUACGAAUUUUUUUAUUGUUAAAUUAUAUUUGAUAUUUACACAAUACUUAUAACCAUGCUAAUGUAAAUAUAUUGUGUACAAUUCUAAAUUGAAUUUAAUGUUUUUUUUCCCUUAAUUAAUUGUAUUUCUCUCUUGUUCAAUCCAAAUUGGCUAAAACAUAAAUAAUAUCUUCUUAAACUUAAGUAAUAAUUUAAUUACUUUUGAAUAUGACAUUAACUUAAGUUUAGUUCCUUCUAAUAAUUUGACAUUUCAAAUACUUUUACUGUUAAAAGUAAUUAAUGCCAACCCAAUCAAUAUACAUGAGGAUAUGAGAAUAGAAAUAGUUAUGAAAUUAUAUGCACAGAUUGAAUGCAAUGAAAUAAUCUUAUGAA